AGUCGCGAACUCCGCUCGACGUUCGCAGACGGCUUCGAACGAGACUUUGGCGCAGACACGCGAAUUGUGAGCACAAAGCCGAACACGUGUUUGAUUUUAAGCACAAAUCCAUAAAAGUUAACGAAAAAGCAAAUUAAAACAAACACAAUGGCUACAUCGAUUGAGGGCUACAAAUUGGGCGAAGUUACGAUCGAAGGUAAAACCAAGCAGGUUUACGACCUGCCCGAACACCCCGGCCUCUGUUUGCUGCUCAGCAAGGAUCGCAUUACCGCCGGCGAUGGUGUUAAGGCGCACGAUUUGGAGGGCAAGGCAAAAAUUUCCAAUACCACCAAUGGCCUCGUCUUUCGUCUCUUGAACGAAGCGGGUGUGCGUACCGCCUAUGUGAAGCAGUGUGGUGCCAAGGCGUUCAUAGCUCGCAAAUGUGAAAUGAUACCCAUUGAGUGGGUAACCAGACGGCUGGCGACCGGUUCGUUCUUGAAACGCAACGCCGGCGUACCCGAGGGCUACAGAUUCUCACCGCCCAAGCAGGAGACAUUCUAUAAAGACGAUGCCAAUCACGAUCCACAAUGGAGCGAUGAGCAAAUACUUGCAGCUAAAUUUCAACUCAAUGGCCUCCUAAUAGGCCAGGACGAACUGGACAUUAUGCGUCGCACCACACUGCUCGUCUUCGAGAUCCUUGAACGGGCCUGGCAGACCAAAAACUGUGCCCUUAUCGACAUGAAGGUGGAAUUCGGGGUCGAUGCCGAUGGCAAUAUAUUGCUAGCAGACAUCAUAGAUUCGGACUCGUGGCGUCUUUGGCCGGCUGGUGAUAAGCGUCUGAUGGUGGACAAGCAGGUCUAUCGUAAUCUGACCGCCGUCAGCGCCUCCGAUUUGGACACAGUGAAGCGUAAUUUUAUUUGGGUCGCCGAUCAAUUUGCCGACAUUUUGCCACGCAAGGAUCAUCUGGUCGUUGUGCUUAUGGGCAGUGCCUCCGAUGUGUCGCACAGCGAGAAAAUUGCCACCAGUUGCCGUUCACUGGGACUGAAUGUCGAGCUUCGUGUGUCAUCCGCCCACAAGGGACCAGAAGAGACGCUGCGCAUUGUCCGCGAAUACGAGUCUGUGCUCAACAAUCUCAUAUUUGUGGCUGUUGCUGGUCGCUCCAAUGGCCUGGGUCUGGUAUUAUCGGGCAGCACUACAUAUCCGGUUAUCAACUGUCCGCCCGUCAAAUCGGACAACAUGCAGGUCGAUGUCUGGUCCAGUUUGAAUGUCCCCUCCGGCCUCGGCUGUGCCACAGUCCUAUAUCCUGAGUCGGCAGCUCUGCAUGCGGCACAGAUUCUGGGACUCAACAACUUUAUGAUUUGGUCUAAAUUGCGUGUCAAGCAGCUCAACAAUUUCGUGACCCUCAAGAAGGCCGACAAGGAGCUGCGUGGUGUGCGUAAUGCGUAAAAGGAUCGCCUUCUGUGGACAAUAAUACAUCGAAUACGAUUUUUUGUUUCUGUUUUUUUUUUUUUUGUAUUUUUUUAAUACAGAUAUACGUACUUUUUAGAUCAUAGAGAGAGGAACUAAGACAUUAAAACAUUAUUUGAACCGAAAAUAUGAUCAACUGAA